CUCUCUUCCUUCGUCUCCCACCACACACACACACACACGCUACCUCUCACUCACUCGCUCUCUCGCUGCGGAUCGAGGAUAGUUGGCAUCAUGGCGACCGGCGGGAUAAAAGACAGGGCGGUCGGUCUGCUACCCAUCCUCCUUGAAUUCGUCAUGCUACUGCUGCGAGUGGCUUACGAGUGCGCCAGGGCAACUAUCAAGUUCUUCGUACCGCUGCAAUACAAGGCGAAGCGCAUGCAGGGAGAGAUCGUUCUCAUCACGGGCUCGGCCGCGGGGCUAGGUGAUCUGCUCGCCGUCCGCUUCGCAAGACUCGGCAACACCGUCGUGCUGUGGGACGUUGACGCUAGCGGCAACGACGCCAUCGCCGCGCUAGCGAGGAAGGAGGGAGCGAAGGCGUACGCGUACACCGUGGAUAUGGCGAACCGCGACGCGAUCUACGCGGCGGCGGCGGAGGUGCGGCGGGACGUCGGUGACGUGACGGUGCUUGUCAACAACGCUGGCGUGGUGACCGGCAAGAAGCUGCUGGAAGCAGACGAUAACCUGGUGGAGAAGAUGUUCGCAGUUAACACCAUCGCUCAUUUUUGGACAGCAAAGGCGUUUUUACCGAGCAUGCUGGAGCACAACCAUGGCCAUGUAGUCACCAUUGCUAGCUCUGCAGGUCUUGUUGGAGUCAAUGGUCUGGUAGACUAUUGUGCGAGCAAGUUUGGCGCAGUCGGAUUCGAUCAGGCACUUAGGUUUGAACUUGAUGCUACCGGCAAGGAUGGUAUCCAUAGCACGUGCAUCUGCCCCUAUUUCAUUAACACCGGCAUGUUUGAUGGAGUCAACGCCAAGUUUCCGGCGCUGUGUCCGAUCCUGGAAGCAGAGUACGCGAGUGACAAAAUCAUGGAGGCCAUUCUCACGAACCAGAAAAUGCUUCUAAUGCCCAGAGCUCUGUAUUGGGUCUGCACGCUCCUACU